AUGAUAGCGGAAAACCUUGGCUUACUGUUGCACCAGUGCUCCAAAUCCAAGGCUUUUCGGUUUGGACUUUCUCUUCACGCCGCUGUUGUCAAAACAGGCAUGAUUUCCGAUGUUCUUGUCUCCAAUCAUACCUUGAAUAUGUAUGCCAAGUGUGGUAACAUCAAUUGUGCCCGCCAGUUGUUCGACGAAAUGUCUGACAGAAAUCUUGUUUCCUGGUCAGCUAUGAUCUCUGGUUUUAACCAGGCUGGGAAGCCUCUAAUGGCACUUUACUUUUUUUCUCAAAUGAGACUCCAACCCAACGAGUUCAUCUUUGCUAGUUCUAUCAGUGCCUGUGCCAGUUUGUUGGCCCUUAGACUGGGCCAACAAAUUCACUCCCAGUCACUGAAAUUAGGUUAUUCGUUCAUUUCUUUCGUUGCGAAUUCGCUUAUCUCAAUGUACAUGAGAUGUGGUCUAUGUAAUGAUGCGUUAUCAGUUUUUGAUACCACAUCUGCACCGGAUUCUGUAUCUUAUAAUGCAUUGAUAACUGGGCUGGUAGAAAAUAAGCAGCCAGAAAGAGGGUUUCAAGUGUUCAUGCUUAUGUGCCAACGAGGACUAAUUCCAGACCGUUUCACCUUUGCGGGUGUGUUGGGAAUGUGCAGCACAGCUGAGGAUUCACAAAGGGGAAUGGAACUGCAUUGCCAGACAAUCAAGCACAAACUUGAUUCCUCCCCGUUUGUUGGCAAUGUGAUAAUGACAAUGUAUUCAAAGUUCAAUGUGAUAGUAGAUAUAGAGAAGGCCUUCAGAUUGAUUGCAGACAAGGAUGUCAUUUCAUGGAACACCUUCAUUGCUGCUUGUUCUCAAUGUGAUGAUCAUGCAAAGGGUUUGACUGCUUUCAGAGAGAUGGUAACUGAAAAUAGAGUAAGGCCUGAUGAUUUCACAUAUGCAAGUGCGCUUGCUGCAUGUGCUGGCCUUGCUUCCAUACACCAUGGCAGGCAGGUUCAUGCUCUUCUUAUCCGAACAAAGUUGGCUGAGGAUGUGAUUGUUGAGAAUGCACUUGUAAACAUGUAUGCUAAAUGUGGGUGUAUUGGAUAUGGAUACACUAUUUUCAACCUAAUGGGAUGUCGUAAUCUCGUUUCAUGGAACAGCAUCAUAGCUGGAUUUGCAAAUCAUGGGCUUGGGAAAAAAGUGAUUGAAUUAUUUGAGGAGAUGAAGGAAAUGGGAGUGAAGCCAGAUUCUGUUACUUUUAUUGGACUUCUAACAGCUUGCAACCAUGCAGGGCUUGUGGAUUUGGGCCAAGCCUACUUCAAAUCCAUGGAUAGACGAGCAGGGAGACUAGAUGAGGCUGAAGGGUACAUGGAGAGAUUUCCUUUUGGGCAUGAUCCAGUGGUUUUAGGUUGCUUGCUUUCUGCAUGUCGACUGCAUGGAGAUGUUGUAAUUGGUGAACGUUUGGCUAGGCGGCUCCUACAACUUCAACCAGUUACAACUUCGCCUUUUGUGUUAUUGUCGAACUUAUAUGCUUCAGAUGGGAUAUGGUAUGGUGUUGCAGAGGCAAGGAAGAUGUUGAAGGGAAGUGGAUUGAAGAAGGAGCCUGGCCAUAGUCUGAUUGAAGUGAAGGGAAUUUUUGAAAAGUUUACGAUAGGUUCACUCUGCUGUCCUUUGGAUGUUGUGUACAGAAAGUUGAAACUACUGGCUGCAUGUUUAGACCUCAACAUCACUCAGGUUAGGUUAUUGAAUUGCUGAUUGGGUGUAAUUGAUGGUCGGUUUUCUGAGGUAGCAUGCUGUUGAUUAUAUGCGCAUUUAUAGAGACUUCAACCAUUAUUCCAUGAUCCAUCCAUCGUCGAGAACACCUUCUGAAAGAGUACAUUAAGUUAAUAAAACUGGAGGUCAGAUUCAAGCUGCUUGAAGGUUUAGUUAGAAAUUUUGUUCUCAUCCUAAAGACAUCACAAAAAUCAAAUACAGCAACAGGAUGCUAAGAAGGGAUUGAUAGAUACGUAAUGCCCUUAUCCGAAAGAUUACAAAUGCAUUGGCAGAUGUUUAUUUUGCGAAUGGUUAUUGGUCAGACCAGCAACAUUUUCAGGCAUACAAAGUGUAUCUUUCAGUUUCCUAUAUCAGGUAAGGAGG